GUAAAAUCGCACAGGACAAACCCCGGCGGAAUCUGGACCUAACACCACGGAAUACAUAUAUACGAGUGACAGUGGCGGUGACUAAGGUAUCGGCGGUCACACUCGUUCCUCGCGGUUCGACCGUAUCGUCAUCAUAGUGGUGCUCGUAAUCGAUCUCCCGGUGCGAACUCAUCUGUCACUCAUCCCGCUCGUGCGUUACAGUUACCGAGGAAUCUUAAAUCGCAUUUCAAAUCUUCCAGUCGGUUCGAUCACGUUUCAAUCGGUCGUGUUUCACGAUUGAAGUUAUUCUUCUGCAGUUUAGUUGCUAAGCCAAGUCUCGGAGAUCGAUCGUUCUCGCGCGGCGAGGCAUAUUCUUUCGCGCUCAGCGAUACCUGUCAACACUCGCGCCACGCAUGACUCGAUGAUUGCACAUCGGCGUUUCCGCGAUCCGUCUAGAUUGCGAAUCGCAUCCGCGGAUACCGGCACGUGCUUCACUGAACGGAUAAUCGUUUAUCGUGUCACGGUAACCCCGUUCCGUAGUAACUCGCGUGAUCUCAGUAAUUAUGUGAUUCGGCGUCCGAUCGAACAGCAGCUCUCGCGAAAGGUGUCGCGGUAUGAUUAAGGAAGGUCGGCGAAAGAAGAAAACUGUGAAGUGUUGUCUUCGAGUUGAGUCUAUUACGGCGACCGGCAUUUGUAUUCCAUCGCUUUGAAAAUGAAAUUCUUCUUGUCCUUAUUAGCGAUCGCAUCCUUGGUGAACGCUCAUGGCGAACCUUGCCUCGAGUACGGAUGUCCAGGACGACCACAGUACGAGCCUUUUGUACCCGCACCUCCGGGGCACACUCCAAAUUGCGCAAAGCCGGGACAAACGUUCUGUGAAAGUCUCGAUCAUUAUCCUCGGUCGAUGCCGGAUUACUCCGAGGGUUAUGAUUACCCGGCGCAGGGGGAGGGUCAGUUUCACUCGUUACCAUUUUUGCCAUCGACACGAUAUCCCGUUCGAGGGCAUCCGCCGCUCAUUUAUGGAGCACCGUCGAACAACACUCAGCAGAACGGCUACAAGUAUACGACACCAACUCACAGGAAUCCGUUUUUCAACAGCGAAGCGACACCCGUCAAGCUUCAUCCUACAGAGCAACGUGCAGUCACGUCGGAUCGCCCUUUUUAUAUGACUUUUGGACAGGAUCAAGCGUGGUGGGCGAACAGAUACGUUAGAAGCAGUAAAGCUCCACCACGUACGUUGCACGAAAAUCCGUUAUUGAAAUACAGUAAAUCGAGUAAGGAGCGUAACAAGAGGCAGUCAAAUCCGGACGCGAUCCCACUCUGCCCGACGGAGACGCAAUACAUCAUUCCGAGGGCGGCUUUGAACAACCAAGGAAAUUGGAUGUACGUGGUGAAUCUUCAAGAUAAGAACCGGAAAUAUUCGCAGGUAGUGAAGAGUGAGAAAUGCACGAUGAAUGUAUGCAACGGUAUCUGUUCCGUUCCUGCGGGAUACACCAGUAAAUGUCAGCAAAAGUUUAUCCAAAAGCGAUUAGUAGCGUUGGAAGGAAGCGGAAACCAGUUGUACACCGACGUUUUCUGGUUCCCCCAUGGUUGCGCCUGUGAGGUUAUUGCGAAUUAUUGAAAGAAUGUACCACAAUGGAUCACAGAGUCUGAAAAAAAUUCCACUUAUAGCCAAACUCUGAUUGUACGUGCUCAUCAACGACAAGAUGCUGUCUUCGUGAUAGAUUUUGAAAUUGCAAGAUCAUGAUAACUCGAUCGACGAAAGAAAUGAAAAAAAAAAGAAAAGAGAUGAAAAGAAUUUGAAUAUAUCAACAAUUUCAAAGGAGAUCGAAGGAGCUUCAUUUUGUACGGAAGGAAAAACGAACUUUGGAAUAUUAAUUCUAAACGUAGUUACACGACUUUUAUAUUUCGUAUUUUGCUAUAUUUUUUUUUUUAAUUUUAUUUCAAUCGUUUCUUUAGCAACAUCUAAAUAGUUCGAUUAUUUAUAAAUAUUUAUAAUCUACGAGAUACACACAUUUUUGUGAUUUUUUUUUCUAUAGUUGGUAAUGUAG